AUGAGUGUUCCACCUUUGCCUCCUAACGAGGGUGUGGUGGAAGUCUGGAUGCCUGCAUUGGCACCUUUUGCUAAAAUUCUCUUUAGAGAUGAUGAUGAGGAUGAUCUCUAUAUGACACCCCCACCUGAGACUGUACAUAAUGAGAAUGCCAAUAAUAGUGAAGAUGAGGAUGAUCUGUAUAUGACUCCUCCACCUGAGAAUCUCAAUGGAUAUGUUGAAAACCAAGAGGCUAUUGAAGAGGCUGCCCAUGUGGAUGUGACUAUGACAAGGACUCCUGAGCAUGAGCGCCAGACUGUGCAGGAGCAAGAGCGUGCUGAAAGGCUUCAGAUGACUUCUCCUACUCUUCGGCGCGAGCGUUCUGCAUUACGAGGCUCUAUUUGUCAGCCUGUCUUUGAGGAUCUCUCUAGACCUUCCCAUCCUGUCACUUCUAAUCCUGCUCAGCCUCCUAUUUCUCUUGCACCACCCAUUCAGCUUCACCAGCCUGCCACACUUGCUCCUCCUGUCCAGUCAUACUAUUCUGCAGUUGCUGCUCCCUCUGCUCCAUCAUAUUAUCCUGCUCAAUAUGUUCCUCCCUACUUUUAUCCUGCUCCCAUGUUCCAACACUCUGUCUAUCAUGGUGCUACGGCUUACCAAAUUCCUGGACAGUAUCCUAUCUAUGCUCUUCCUCCAAUGCCUGCACCACCACCUCAUUAUUGGCCUGUCAAUGUUUCUGCCUAUCCUAAUCUUCCACGACACUUGAUUGGGAAUCAUGAUCGACAGGCUCGCACACGUCUUGCAGCAGCUAGCCAUCCUGAUUAUGAGCAUCGUAUGAUGGAGAAUUUUGAAAGGACUCAUGCAGAACAUAGACGUCGUCGUAGAGAAAGCACAAGGCCUGAACCCAAUAACCCUCCUCAUCCUACAUCUUCUAUAAGACAACAGGAAGAGAAUAAUCAUUAUGCAAUUCUUGACCAGCAACAUCAGCAAGAUAUUCAGCAGCAGCAGCACCUUCAUCAUCAGCUUGAUCUUGCAGAGCAGGCACAUCAUCUAGACCUUGAAGAGCAGGCACAUCAGCAUAACCUUGCUAUCCAACAAAAUAAUCAAGCUGUAGUGGCUCAUCAGGCUCUCCAAAAUCUGCCUCUAGGUCGCCGUCCAUAUCAAGAGCCUAUUGCACGUCACAGCCUUGGUCUUAUGAAUAUAGAAUGUGCUCACUGUCUUGCACUCCAUUUCUCUUCUGAACGUCUUACCAACUCCAGUCGUAUCCACCCUCGCUUUGGCAUGUGCUGCUUACAGGGUCAGAUCAGAUUGCCUGCAUUUUUGCAACCUCCCCCAACCUUGCGCCGACUGCUUUGGGAAGGUGGUUCAGUUCCAAAAUUUUUUAGAGAUCAUAUCAGGCAGUACAACAGUGCAUUUGCAUUCACUUCUAUUGCUGCAAAGCUAUCAGAUCAUGUUACCUCUACCUCUGGGCCUUAUUCAUUUAAAAUUCAUGGGGAACUGUCUCAUAAGAUGGGAAGCUUGCUACCACCUAACAACAUCAAACCCUCCUAUGCUCAGCUUUAUGUUAUUGAUCCUCAGGCUGCACUUAAUGAGCGCAACAACAAUAAUGCCAACUUGAGAUCUGAAAUCAUGAAUGACUUGCAGGAUAUGUUUCAUACACACAAUCCUUAUGUUCCUUUGUAUCGUCAUGCCUAUCAAAUCCUGGCAGAAAAGAACCCUGGAGAGAAUGACAAGAUUUCAGCUCGCAUCACAGUCUUGCCUAAUGCCGAUCAUCGUCGCUAUAAUGAGCCUACUGUUGAUGAGGUUGCUGCUAUUAUACCUGGGAAUGGAGAUGAGGAAGUGGAUUUGCACAGAGAUAUUGUUGUCCGCUAUAACCAUGGAGUCCCCUACAUUAUGUGA